AUGUCGGCAAUUUCCACCUUCAAGACCGUCCUCAUAUUUGGCGGGACGUCUGGUAUCGGCGAGUCGUUCGCUCGUCGUUUUCACGCCAUGGGCAAGAAGGUCAUCGUGACGGGUCGACGAGAAGCCAGAUUAGCAGCCUUAGCCAAAGAACUGCCAGGCGUUGAAACCUACGUGCUGGACAACGCCGACAUUUCCAAGCUGCCCACUCAUGCCGAGGCCUUGAUCAAGAAGUUUCCUGACAUCGACACCGUCUGGGUCAACUCGGGCCUCGCAUACGUCGGCCACUUCCGAUCACUGGACGGACACUCGGACGAGAAAGUCGUCACGGAGCUCAACACCAACCUGGUCGCGCCCAUCAUCCUGUCGCGGUAUUUCGUCCCACACCUGCUGAGUCUGGAUAGGCCAGGGAGCUUCCUCGUCACGGGAUCGGGACUCGGGUUCGUGCCCAUGGGUCUGUUAUCCGUGUAUUGUGCGAGCAAGGCUGCGGUGCACUCGUUCCUCGUCGGCCUUCGCGAGAGCCUCAAGGACACGAAUGUCAAUGUCAUCGAGGUCGUGGCUCCAUAUGUGAAGACGGACUUCGACAAGGAUUAUCCCAUGGAGCACCUUGCCACACCGAUGGAGUUGGGCGACUACACGGAUCAGACGUUGGCGAUUUUCGAGUCGACGCCGGCCGCUGACCUCAAGGAGGCUGGUGUCGGGUUCGGCGCUAUGGGUGCCUCAGCUUGGAGAGAGGCUUUCGGCCGUUUCUUGACGGGGAGAGGAAGCACUGGUUGA